AACCCCGUCUUGAACAUCUUCAAGGUUCCCCCGACAGACAUUAGUAUCAAUGAUUGUCGAAUUUCCACGUUUAGUCCUGUGGGGAAAAGCAUCACACCCAUUCAAUUUGAUCUUCCUUCUAUGCAAGAAUUUGUCGAUCUUUCCAGAAGUUACUUCACCAUGAGACUGAAACUAGCCAUGUCGGAUGGAGCACCCAUCAAGACCACCGAUGAUCUGUUUCUAGUGAAUAAUCUCGCUCACAGCAUGAUCAAACAAAUCACGGUACGACUCAAUGGUACUCUCAUCAACCCACACACAGAUACCUAUCCUUACAAGGCCAUGUUUGAAACUAUCCUAAAUUAUGACAGAGAAGAUGGAGAAACCAUCCUAAGACCACAAGGUUGGGUCAAUGCACUGGAUAUCCCCGAAAAGUGGUUGCAGACAGCCUCGGGUAACACGGACAUCAAGACAUCUGCCUGGUCCAAACAUCAGCAAGCUAAUUUCAAACUGAUCCAAGCAGAAUCUGGCAGAUACUACAAUGACAGUAAUAGCAGUUUGCUGGAACUUCAUCUCAAGAUGAGACCCCAUGUAGAACCCUUUUGGUUUCCUUACGCAUUGAAACCUGGAGUCCAAAUGCAGUUUGAAAUCCAUUUCCAUGAUCCUAAAUUCUGGACCAUGGUAGCUGAUACCAGUACCAAGAAAAUAAGAUUCACCGAGUCUGAUAUUGACAUGCGAUUCCACCCAGCCCGAUUGAGUCUUAACUCCAGUAUCUACAACAGUCUCACCCUACAGACCCAAAACAAUGCUAGAAAAGUCACCUACCCAGUGGUACGAAGUGAACUGAGAACAUUCAUCUGGAACUCAGACAACCAAGUACGGUUCGAAGAAAAUAAUAUCUUCAAUGGCAAAGUCCCACAGAGGGUGCUGCUUGCUAUUGUGGAUAGUAAAUCCUUCAAUGGCACCAAAAACUAUUACCCCUUCUCCUUCCUCAAAGCUAAAAUAAAGACCAUCAAACAGAAAAUCCAAGGAGAAGAGUAUCCCUAUGAAACGUUGGAACUCACUCAGGAUGAUCGAUAUGACUACGAUGGUUAUUAUCGAUUCCUGCAGGCAAGUGGAGCACUGAUUAAGAGUCAGCCCAACAUGUUGAGAGAAGAAGAUUGGGGAGAAGAUAGAUACUGUAAUCUGUUCAUGUGGAACAAUGUAGGCAGUGGCAAUGCUGACACAGGCAUGAUGAACCCCAAUAAAAAGGGUGACGUACGCAUUGAGAUUGAAACACAUGCAGCUAUAGGGGUUGUCACCACAGUGUUAAUCUACGGUGAAUUCGAAAACCUUGUGACGGUGGAUAGCAUGAAUGACGUGGAAUACAACAUCUACGAGUGAUGGAAAGUGUGGCACUCAGUGAUCAACAACUCAAUUACUUGGCCCGACAAGACCCUGUUCUAACAUCUUAUUUUCGAGGCGUUUUCCCAUCCGACAAAUUACCUGAAUCCCCCAAUAAACGCACUUCUGCAUACAUUGUCAAUACAGAUCCACAUGAUAAACCCGGCCUACAUUGGAUCGCCAUUUGGACGGAUCAUGGCGUAUGCGAGAUGAUGGACAGUUAUGCUUUACCUCUCGAGUAUUACGAAUCCAAACCAUUACAAAGAUGGACAAGAAAAUGGAAACAUGUCGUAUCCAAUGGACAAGCUUUACAAAGCCUCUCCAGCAAAGCCUGCGGACAUUAUUGUUUAUUUUAUUUACAGGCCAAAGCCAAAGGUUAUUCCAUGCAAGAUUUUUUAGCCUGUUUUUCCGACAAAGAUUAUGUUGCCAAUGAUCAUAAAGUGGGGCAAAUGUUAACUAAUUUCAUCACAGAUAAACGCACUUGGCGUGAAGCUUGUCAUCGCCCCAGUUCACAAACUUGUACUUCUUGUCAAUAAAAGGACUUGUACCCUUUUACCGUUGUUGUUAAAUCAUGUUUGUUCUACCUCGACACUAUCAAUUGUAUACCCCUGCGGGACAUAUGAUAGUAGGUCCCUCGGGAUGUGGAAAAACCAACUUAGUCGAAAACCUAUUAUGCAACAACCUAGAUCUAUUCAAGGAAAAACCUCAUUCCAUUCACUAUUGCUAUGGCGCAUGGCAACCGGCAUACCAACGUAUGAAACAAUGCGGUAUACGUUUUCAUCAAGGUGUGCCUCAAGAACAGCACAUCACCUCUUGGUUUCCAAAAGGGGGUAUUCUAAUCUUAGAUGAUCUCAUGGAUGAAUGCGGCAAUGAUAAAAAUAUCUUGGAUAUCUUCACCAAAUAUUCCCAUCACAGAAACGUCACGGUCAUCUAUCUUUUACAAGAUAUUUUUCCCAUUGGAAAAUACUCCAAGACCAUCUCCAGAAAUGUCCAUUAUGUCUGGGCUUUCAAAAAUCCGCGCGAUCAAGUGGGUAUUCGCAAUCUACUCUUACAAGCUUUUCCAAGCAAUUGGUCGACGGUCUUGGACACUUUCCAAAAAGUCACUGAAGCACCGCAUGGGUAUCUCUUGUUGGAUUUCCAUCCCACCAGUCCCGAUACACAACGAGUACUCAGUCAUGUAUUAAAAGAUCAGGGCAUCACCAAUUGUUGGCAGUUUGAUCAACAUGCCACG